CUGGAAGCCCGUCCCAUUCCCUGCAUAUCCAUGCUGAAGGAGGAGGAGGAGGAGGAGGCGGCGUACAGCGCUUUUGUUACCUGUAUUAGUCUACCUGGCUGUUUGUAAGUUAGUGACAUGGUCUGAGUUUAAGAUGUGUCUCAAAACAUAGACACGGCGAGCCAUGUACAGCAGCUUUAAAGAGAACAACAUCCACUGGGUUCGCAGGGCACCGCAGUGAGCGCAACGUCUACCUGCAAGGCGCAGCAAGUGGGAAUAGUUAAUUAGGUUUUACCGUCAAAGUAAGGACGAAUAGGAGGCACUUCCUCCAAGAACUCGUUCACCUUUCAAGUCCGACCCUCUCUCAAGUUUCAUUUUGGAGUUCUUAUCCACCUUUCAGGAGGUCGCCAUCAGCAUCUCACCUGUACUAUGGAUUUCGCGCGGUCGAAGAUUUCCAAGGAGCUUCAGCUUGAUGUCGCGGAAAAUAGGCGGUAUACGUGUAUCUGGAAGGGUUAGGGGAACCUGCCAAUGUGAACGGAAAGCGUGGCCACUUUAUGUUACAGUGCAUGGCCUCUGGACAAAGUGGUAACGAUCAUGCACAAGCCCCCCCGAAAGUGGAGUCUCUACGUGUUCCUGUGUUUUGGCAUCAUAUACCUGAGACUCGGGGCCCUGUCCUCGGUGGUGGCUCUGGGUGCCAACAUCAUCUGCAACAAGAUUCCGGGGCUGGCCCCUCGCCAGCGGGCCAUCUGCCAGAGCCGCCCAGACGCCAUCAUUGUUGUGGGCGAAGGCGCCCAGAUGGGCAUCAAUGAGUGUCAAUACCAGUUCAGAUAUGGACGGUGGAACUGUUCGGCGCUGGGCGAGAGGACAGUCUUCGGUCAGGAGCUCCGAGUAGGCAGUCGGGAAGCAGCCUUCACCUACGCCAUCACAGCGGCAGGUGUGGCCCACGCCAUCACAGCGGCGUGCAGCCAGGGCAACCUGAGCCAGUGCGGCUGCGACCGGGAGAAGCAGGGGUAUUACAAUCAGGAGGAAGGCUGGAAGUGGGGAGGCUGCUCGGCUGACAUCAAGUAUGGCAUCGAGUUCUCACGGCGCUUUGUGGAUGCCCGAGAGAUUAAAAAGACUCCUCGUCGCCUGAUGAACUUGCAUAACAAUGAGGCAGGCAGAAAGGUUUUAGAAGAAAGGAUGAAGCUAGAGUGCAAGUGCCACGGCGUCUCUGGCUCCUGCACCACCAAGACGUGUUGGACUACGCUUCCAAAGUUCCGCGAGAUUGGCUACGUACUCAAGGACAAGUACAACGAAGCCGUGCACGUGGAGGUAGUCCGGGCUAGCCGACUGCGCCAGCCCACCCACCUCAAGGUGAAGCAGACUCAGGGCUACCGCAAGCCCAUGGAGACGGACCUCGUUUAUAUUGAGAGGUCACCCAACUACUGCGAGGAGGACGCGGCUACAGGGAGCGUGGGCACGCAGGGACGCCUGUGCAACCGCACCUCGCCACAUACGGACGGCUGUGACCUUAUGUGCUGCGGCCGGGGCUACAAUACACACCAGUACACCAAAGUGUGGCAGUGCAAUUGUAAGUUCCAAUGGUGCUGCUUCGUCAAGUGCAACACGUGCAGCGAGAGGACGGAGGUGUUUACCUGCAAGUAAGGACACAGGGGACUCAGUGCCAAGAAGUGAGGCGCCAAGGACUAGCUGAAUGAGGAAGACCUGAGAGAGCGAGACAAAAGCGCGUCUUCGACCAGUGGGCGAUUUAAAGAUAAAGAAAAGGAAUCUACACUAUCAGCUCUUCACGGCAUCGUUUUGCACAGCAGAAUCUAUCUAAUUGCUUUUCAGAAAGUAAAUGCUAAAUAUCAGUAGGUAAUACCCCAGACCUUUACUGUCACAUAGGGACUGUUCUCAUGUACUGAUGUAUCCAUGGUGAAGUUGGGACUGCAGGUAAAGAAUGAGACCCUCGUGGGAACUGUGCUUUGCACUCUUUGGAUCUCCUUGGAUUUGUAAUUGCUGACUUCACAAGAGACUUGCAAGAGGAACUCACAGUAGCAUGGGAGCUGAUCAAAACAAGAGGUGACGGUCGAGUCUUUGAUUUAAAAACUUUUAUGGGUUUUUGUCGUAUUUUCACUAAAGGGGAGCAUAAGUGAAUCUUGACAUGAAUGACCCCCCUCUCCCCCCUCUCCCCACCCUAGAUUGACUGGGGCUUAUGUUGGAAGUCUGUAGAAAUGAAGAACUUUUUGUAAGUAUGGUGCAAUGGGGUGCGCCAAAAUCUGAGUGGAGAACUCUGUUAAACCCUCUGCUGCCAACUGGAAUAUGGUGGAGUAUGUUAGUUUUCCAGUCACACUGGAACUGUCUGUUCUGAACACUGAAAAUAAAUUGUCUAUUUAUGUAAUAGUAUCUUAAAACGAAGCACUAACGGGUAGAGAUGUCUUUUUUUGUACUAAGUGUAAAGAAAAUACUUUUUAGAAACUCUGACUGAAGAUGUGUGUCUCUUAGAAGAUGUCCCAAAUCCCAAUCCCUAAAACACCUAAUCUUUUCCUUAAAAUAAGAAUGAAAUUGCAUUGCUACUGGUGUGUUGACAACAAAAUACAGCAUUACGGUGUAUGGUUUCACUUUCAGACACGUUGGUUCUAUGUUAUUGUAGCAUAGUAUGUUUGCAGUCCUUUUCCCCUGAGCAGUAACAUCUAUUUGGAUGAUUUUGCAAUUUCAGUUAAGCGACAGUAGCAAAGAAACACAUUUAACUGCAGAGAUCCUUCCUAAAUUCAUUAAACAUGAACAUUAAAACUGUGCUGGAUGUGUCGUCGAGUGCUACAUCUACAUUUUCUAUCCAGAUACAACUCAUUAGCAACUAAAUCAGCUCCCAUUAGACUCAUUUUGAUAGUUUAAUGCUAAACCACAAGUUGAUGCCGAGUCUACACGACUGCAAAGCAGAAUUUGUAAGGUCAGUUUGGGUCUGAUGAUUCACAUUUGCUUAUUCUCAUGAGGUCUGUAGGUGGAUUUGGCUUUUUGCUCCUAUAGAUCUCUUCUGUCCCCAAAAGCUGAAUAAGGAAAAAAGUCAAAAAGUUGAGAAAGGUUGUAAAAUGUUUAGACACUUGAUCCAAACCACUUUGUUGGUAAAGGCACAAAAAAAUACUUGUCUCUGUUCCCCCUCCUUUUUAAAUGAGUCAGCAAUCCCAUGUCACACUUGGUAAGUAAAAUAUUUUUAUAAUUAAUCGGGAAGAAAACUAUAAAUGUGAGGUUCUGUAACUAUACUAACAAAAUACACAGAAAGUCAACAACGAGACAGAAAAGGUCAGCGAGCCCUGGUGUUGAGAGGGUGUUUAACUCCCCUUCAAACCAUAAAUUAUUGCGCUUGUAUCUCGUAUCUGAUUUUGCAGAAAUGAGCUGUGUUCAUAGUUCAGCUUUAGAAGCAUUGGUUGAUGUAUUUUUAUUAUUAUUAUUUUUAUUUUUUUUAUUUAGAGAAAGUCAAGGAAGCUAUUUCAUCCUUUAUACCAAGCUAAGCUUAUUGUCUCCUGCCUCUGGCUCCAGACUCAUCUAACAGUAAAGAAAGGGAAUAAGAACAUUACAUAAAGUUGUUUUUUUUUGUUUGUUUGUUUUUUUUAUCCGAUAAGGGGAACAGUUCAUUUUUGGCUGAGAACAGGCGGUACUUUGUGGCACUUUAAGUUAUAACCACUUUUUUUGUUGGCAUGUUGAUGCUUUCGCCUUCUAUUCAGCUUUAAUCUACAAUAUUCGAGUCAUGUGAGGUUUACAGACUGUAUAGGCCAGUUCAUCUUUUGGUUUACAUACUAAUUUAUAGGAUUAGAAUGUAGAAUAAAACUUUUGCACAUCAGUAACCACACAUCUUAGACUCUGUCUGCUAGUCUUGCACUUUGCAUGAUUAGCGCCAUUAAGUAUGUUGUAUUUGCAUCUCUAUUUAUUUUAUUACAGUUGAGGUGCAGCUGACAAUGACUGUAUACAGCUGUCAUGUAAGUUCUUGUGCAUUUUUUACUCAGUUAAAUAAGUUAUUAAUAUAAAAUAUCUAGUAUAUAUUCUAAUUCUGACAUGUAUUUUCUUCUAAAAUAGAUUAAAUAAUUCAAGCUGGAGACAUAUUAAAAAAAACACACACACACACACACAAAAAAUCAUGUUUCCUCUGAUAAGGAUGCAAAUACAUUUCCACACACGAAAAGCUGAUGUGUCUUUGAUUUAUUGACAAAUUUUAUUAUGAAUCACACAAGAAAGCUUCUCCUCGAGCCCCGAGUGAGGAAUCCACAUUCUUUGUUUUAUUGCUCGACGCCUGUUGGUACAAGAACGUUCCCGCUCAGUGCUCAGUUGCCCAUAUCGGCUGUUCCAGCAAACAUCCAGAGCUAUUAUUUUCAUAAAUUUUUUCCCUUCGAAGAAAAACACGUGCAUUAAAUCUGUUCAUUGUGUGUGUCCAGGUUGGAAGCCAAACUUUAUGUCGACGUCUGUUAUUCAAACAUUCCAACCACCCUUAAUAUAGUAACUGGCAAAUGCAUUAGGAAGCAUAAAUCAUUAAAAAUCAAAAAUAAAUAAAUCAAGCAGUGUGACGUUAUUUUGUACACAGCACAUGUUCAUAAUAUGCUGUGGUCUUCUGUCUUGAUUGUGGCACGCAUGGAACAUGAGACACUUGCGUCUCCCAGAAUGGAAAGGAGCUUCUCCUCUACGUCCGUGAAGCAGAGAUGUGAUUGAAACAACAACAAAAAGAGAAAGACGUAACAAGGAGUAACGGGGUUCACUGAAUACACGCAAAAAUAAAAGUAAAACCCCACUAACUGUGUUGAAUUUCAUUAUUUGUGAAAUCGGAAUUGGGUUUUAUGUAAGGAUGAAGAGCAGCGUUUUGUUGCCGUUGUAUUUAUUUAUUUUUUUUAGAUUCAUUUGGGUUUUCUUGCUCGGGCGGUCAUGUUAAUUUUCUGUUAUGGUUUGAAAGGCAGAUGGCAUUAGUAGCGUGUUCUCAGAGUCCAUAUGGCAGACUGCGUGUCAAGGAUAAACUGAAUGAGGACUUGGUACACAGGAUGAAAAGAUAACUGCCUCAACACUCGAGCCCCCUCGUGCUUUCCGCGCUGGCAGAGCCGCUCAGAGUCACUAAAUGGGAAGAGGACCUUCAUGCAAAUGACCCGAUGUGAAUAGGAAGUGCCUCAGUGUGCCUCUUGUUUUUAGACACACAAACAAGAGUGUAGUUCUUUUGUGAGGGUGUUUUUGAGAUGGAUGGGAUGGCUUGAUGAAAGGAGGUGCAUGUGUAGCCGGAAACUGCAAGUGAAAAGAGUGGUUAUUUAGGAGAGGAGCUAAUUGAGAGUGGUUUGGAGAAAGAGCGGGUACACUAUAUAAGUAGGAGCAGCUGUUGAAGCAAGUUGGGGACUGGGUGCAGUAAAAAAAAAAAAAAAAAAAAAAA